AUGGAGAGAAAGUUACUAUUUCUACAACAAGCUUGCAUUCGGCUGCAGAUCAAGCCCAAAAUAUUUGACACUUUGUCCCAAGCUGUAUGUUGGAUAGCCCAAAACAGAUACCAAAUCAAGCACAUAUUGCACCUGUUGGACGACUUCAUCACGUUUGAGCACCCAAGCGGUUGUGGGGACAGGAAUAUGGCUCUACUACAUCUCAUCUUUAACAGACUAGGGAUUCCUAUGGCGAAACAUAAGACAUGCGGUCUGUCCACCGUCAUGGAAUAUCUAGGCAUCGUGCUGGAUUCUGGAAAAAUGGAGGCCAGACUACCUAUGGACAAACUAGUUAGGAUAAGUGAACUCUUGAAUUCCUUUCAGCAUAGACACUCAUGUACCAAGAGAGAACUACUACAACGCCUAGGCCACUUAAACUUUGCCAGUCGAGUGGUACUCCAGGGAAGAUCGUUUGUGUCCCAUCUCAUAACAUUGUCAACCACAGUCAAGGGAUUACACCAUCAUGUGAAAUUAAACGACGAAUGUAGAGAGGACAUCAAAAUGUGGCUAUACUUCUUAACUAACUGGAAUGGCGUGUCAGUGUUCUCCAACUCUAAGACUAUUACUUCAGAUGACUUGCGUCUCAACACUGAUGCUUCGGUACAAUCGGUUAUGGGUGUUUUUACAAGGGGCAGUGGUUCGCGGAACCAUGGCCGCUAG